CUUGUCAUUCAUCUCACAAUUGGAUGCAGGCGAGCUUGCGGCCAAUACGACUGCGCUUGCAGUAAACUGGUCGUCUCUGACGCUAUCGCGGUCGUCGCUUGCAAACCACUGCAUUGCAAGCGCUUUAUUGCAGCAGUUUUUGCAAUAUCCACUCACAGCUUUGCAUUUUGCAAGCUAGCAGCAAAAUGAUUGCAAAACUAGCGCUGCUCGCCGCAACAAGCCACGCCCUGGCGCCCAACGCCGUGACGUCCGUAAUAAGAGAGAAGCUCGCGGAGGUCGAGGAGCCGGCGGCCCUCGACCUCGCCGCGAAAUAUGAGGAAGUGGACCUGCCCUCGUCCCGGACGACGUUCGUGCGCACGAAUGCGAAGAGCGCCGCGCCGGCGUUGGUCCUCCUGCACGGCUUCGACUCUUCAUUAUUCGAGUACCGUAGAUUGCUCCCUCAGCUCGAGGCACAGGGUGUCGAGGCCUACGCCCUCGAUUUGGUCGGAUGGGGCUUAACAACACCAAAGCAAGGCGUUUCUAUAGAAGCGAAGCGGAAACAAAUAGAGGAGUUCGUCAGAGACGUCGUCCGGGGCCCCUGCGUCCUCGCGGGCGCGUCGCUGGGCGCCGCGGUCGUCGUCGACGCGCUGCGGAACGGUCAGGUGGAGAACGUCGAAAAAGUAGCGUUGAUCGGGCCCCAGUGCUUCAUCGACGGGGCGCCGCCGGUGCCGGAGUGGGGCGCGCGCCUGGGCGUCCGCGUGUUACGAAGCUGGCCGCUGCGCGCCCUCGCGAACGUCAUCGCGUACAAGGACAAAAGGUUGGGCAACUUCGACGCGAUCCGCGUCGGGCUCUUGCAUUGCGAGCGCGACGCGUGGGAGGACGACGCCGUGGCCUGGCUCCUGGGGGGCGGCUACUCCGUGUCCGAUAUCGUGGCGCCCGCGCUGCGCGACGAGGACACGCUCAUCCUCUGGGGUGAUUCUGAUGAAAUCUUGCCUCCCGCGGAUGCUUUGCCCCAGUUCGCGUCCGCCCUGCCCGACGCGGACAUCCGCUUCGUCGACGCGUGCGGCCACGUCCCGCACCUCGAGCAGCCCCUGCCCACGGCGAUGGCUCUGGCGCGCUUUGUGGGUGGGAAUCCAGUGGGUGCUCUGCCGGGGACGCGCGACGCGAGGUAACUCUAUUAGCACA